AUGAUCAAAAAACCACCCUCACUAACUCCUUCAGUAGAAGAGGCGGAUGACGUUGGCGAGGAGGAAGGCCAGGUUACCCCUUUGCCAGGAUCAACAGUUGAGCUUGAUAUAGAUAACUGGCCAACGGACGACGAAUACCAAGUUCGCAUGACGGUAAUACCGUCAGUUCAGGUUAGUGACUAAACUCGCCAGUACAGAGCUUCAGAGAGCAUGGGCACCAGCUUUCGCAGUCGGCGAGCAAGCUCUGGUAGUAGUACGGCAAGCGAACCGAGCUGCUUCAGAACGCGCAAGCGAGCGACCUCUCGCGUGACUUCUCGCGACUCCCUCGAAUGGAGAGCUUGCUCGAAGGCUACAGCUUUUGGCACUGUGAUGAUUAAGAUCUGUUUUUUAGGGCACCUAUUAUACCAUUGGUUAAUGCUGACUUUAAAAAACGAUGACCAAUCGGAAAUAAGCUGUUUUCUCAGACAACUAAAACCUUUCCAAAAUUUUCCCGAAAGCUGGUCUCCAGACAGACUCCUCUAUAGUUUACUGAAGUUAUAGCUCUUUGCAUAAGAUCUUGCAACAAAGUUGUCCCAAUACGCACGCACUUCUCAAACCUGCAACAUGCCUUCUUGAAAACUCAAGCAAUGUAUUUUGUUUUAAUAGGAAAUAAUUGAUUAUCUUUUGCUUAUUUUUUAAGGACGAAGAAAGAAGAAAGUCUCGCUACUCAGCAUAUCAUGAGCGUCGACCUUAUAUCCCGCAGCCAGACAAUCAUCUUUGCUUGGCCAUUACAGCAAUGAUAUGUUGCUGUUUUCCGCUAGGAAUCGUGGGUUUCAUCUGUGCACUCCAGGUAUUAUAUAUAUGCUAAUCAGAUUCCAUUCGACGUAAUUAAUUAAAAACUGCACAGGAUAAAAGAGUCAAGACUAGAUUAAAAAUAAUGAUUAAAAAAUACACAAGAAAACACUAUUCAAAUGAUUCAUCUUUGACUUUAGAUUUAAAAUAAGGAAAUAGAUAACUGUCACAUGUAUCCUGUCGAAGUUCCAAUCUACGACGCUUUGUCUAAAUGAAAGGUUGUGUGCCUCCGUUAAUGCUCUUACACGGGGUAGGUGAGUUCGGUCUCUAGAACGCUGGUUGGAAUUGUAGUAGUUCCUAUAACAAGAAUGAAAAUUAAAAUCAACACUGAAAACCGUUCAACAGCAUCGCCUAAGACGCAGUGGCUUCUAGCCAAAGAGAAUCAAGAGCAUCGGAAGCGGAGGAUUGCCUCAUGGCGAUCAUCAAACAUUAUCUUGGCAGCCUUGUUUUGCAGAUUUCCCAUGCGAGUAGAUCGGAAUAAUUGUCACAGUCAUGUUACUAGUUUUCACUGAAAAUCAAUGUAAGGUUGCUUUGAACAUUAUAGAUCUAGGAACCAAGAAUAAAAAAUUUCUAAGUAAGCCUUUUAACGUUUAAUGAAAAAAAGGUAAAAAGAAGCAAGCAAAAGAGACAACCUGACGUCUUCAUAACCUGCAGGCGGUGAAUUAAUGAUCUGUUAGAUUAAUUUGCCACAAUGUGAUAAUUUUCUUCAUAAAUAGCUCGUAUUAUUAUGCUUUGCUCUCAGAAAAUUAGUGCAACAUACAAAUAAGCUAGUUAUCUGCUAGCACAAAACUGACUAAUUUGUAGGUUGCGCGCGCGAUGCAUGAUUUUCAAGAGUAAAGCAAAACUGUAUUCCGUGCGACUAUGACGUUUGUCGUGAGUCCGUGAGUAUCUUCAACACAAUUCAUAAUAAAGCAUUUAUUUAGAUUAGCUUAGAUUCUGUUUAUGUGCAAUCCGGAAUAAUCAGCGUCUCGCGCAGUAAGAGUUAUCAGCCUCGACCAAUAACAUUUACCUUGACCUUGAUUAUUCAGGAUAGCACAAGAAUCUCAUCCAAUAAUUAUUUAUUGCAUGAUUCAAUUUGCACGUGUAUUCCCGGCCUAGUUUUAAAUCGAGAGGCACCCAUGGGUACCAGUCAGUUUAUUAUGGGAUAAACAACACGAGACCCACAUAGUCAGAAAGAGCACAUUGAGGUUCUGAAAAAUCUGAAGUUUGGUGUCGAUCGGGCCAAUAUUGAACAAAUUAAAAUGCAACUAUUCAUAAACUUCAAAAUUUUCUAAGAGAUGUAUGGCUUGCCGGACACAUCGUCCGGACGUCCGUAUAUUUCUUAGUGAAUUUUGGAGUUUUUGAAUGGCUGUAUCUCGUUCAAUAUAGGCCCGAUAAACACCAAACUUAAGAAUGUUGCUAAUUCCCACAAUAAACCGACUCGUACCCAGCCCCUCUCGAUUUGAAACUAGGCAAUGUAUAUAGUAACUUGGGGAAAAUAAAAUUUGCCUCAAAGAAAGUUUUAAUGAGCGCAAUUGACCAGUACUUAUUCCCACUCAACUGGGUUGUUAAUUGUAUUUUUACAUUUUAACGCCUCUCCUCUUUAAGCUAAAGGGACCUGAACCACUUUUUAUGAUAUCUUAUAGGUGGAUAAAGUAUACGAUGAUGGGAACCGAGAGGGUGCCGUGUGGCGGUCCAAACAUGCCAAGUACUGGAGCCUAACAGCAGUUGUCUUUGGAAUGCUUGGAAUCAUCGGAGUCUCUUUCUAUUUAAUAUUUUUUCACCUCGUUCCCGCAGUAUCGUGAUGAUUCUAGUUUGAGUAUGUGCGUUCUAAAGCAGAAAUAGAAAAAAAAAGGACCUCUAUGAGAACAUGUGUCUUCAGUGGUGUGCCAGUCGAAGGCCUGUUCCCUAUACAUUACAUCACCAAAAAGUUUGAAGAAUGUCUCAGCAAGCAAG